GCGGCGCGACGGGAAGACGGACGACGCAUGUGCUUCUCGGGGAAGGGUGCGAGUGAGCCGACGGCAGCCACCCCUCGGGUGCAAGCCACCCCUGUGUGGUGUUCCCUCUAUAUGCGAGAUCGUUGUCGCUCGAUUCUGCGCCGUUGCGUGUUUCCCGCAGGGCGGCUCCUACCGUCUAAAGCUCUCUCUUCCUGGCGUUAUCGCGUUGUGCGCACCCCCGAGGGAUGUGUGCACAAAUGGUGGUGUAACGCGCGCGGUCGGUGUCGAAGGAGAGACGUAGCGUCUCGUGCGUGAGUGCGUACGUUCAACGUCGAGUCCCGAGAAGUCGAGACUGUCGAGAGGCGCUUUCCCUGACCCACAGCCAUCAGUCGCGAUGGUCACCGACAAUACCAGUCAGCCUGAUGACACGACAGCAUUUCUUCGCGCUGCUCGAUCCGGCAACCUCGAGAGGGUGGUCGAAUUUCUUGAUACCGACUUAGAUAUUAAUACAGCCAACUCGAACGGUUUAAAUGCCUUGCAUUUAGCUUCGAAGGAUGGCCACGUCGAGAUAGUAACCGAGUUAUUAAGAAGGGGCGCAAAGGUGGAUGCGGCAACGAAGAAAGGAAAUACCGCGUUACAUAUAGCUUCGUUAGCUGGUCAGUCUGAAAUAGUCAAUAUACUUAUUCAAUAUGGUGCCGCGGUCAAUAUUCAGUCGCAAAAUGGAUUUACUCCUUUAUACAUGGCUGCGCAGGAGAAUCACGACCAAGUCGUCAAGCUCCUGCUCAGUAACGGAGCGAAUCAAAGUCUCGCGACUGAGGAUGGAUUUACGCCGCUCGCCGUGGCGAUGCAGCAAGGCCACGAUAAGGUAGUCAGCGUUCUCUUAGAAAAUGAUUUGAAGGGAAAGGUCAGACUGCCGGCACUCCACAUCGCCGCGAAAAAAGACGAUUGCAAAGCCGCUGAUUUACUCUUACAAAAUGACCAUAAGCCCGAUGUGACAUCGAAGAGUGGUUUCACCCCCCUUCACAUCGCCGCUCAUUAUGGAAACGAGGAAAUAGCACGGUUAUUAAUAAAACGAGGAGCCGAUGUAAAUUAUUUAGCUAAGCAUAACAUAAGCCCGCUACACGUAGCGGCAAAGUGGGGCAAGAACAAUAUGGUUAAGAUACUGCUGGAGAACUCGGCGCAAAUCGAUGCCAAAACUAGGGACGGUUUAACUCCGCUACAUUGCGCAGCACGAUCGGGACAUGAACAGGUUGUCAGCACGCUUCUUGAAAAUUCUGCGCCAAUCAGCGCGCGUACCAAGAAUGGGCUGUCACCGUUACACAUGGCCUCUCAAGGAGACCACGUGGAUGCUGCAAGAGUGCUGAUGUACCAUCGGGCGCCAGUAGACGAAGUGACCAUCGACUAUCUGACCUCGCUUCACGUUGCCGCGCACUGCGGCCACGCUAGGGUCGCCAAAUUAUUACUCGAUCGUAAAGCCGAUCCGAACGCACGAGCUCUGAAUGGUUUCACGCCGCUCCAUAUCGCUUGCAAGAAGAACCGCAUCAAAGUGGUGGAACUCCUGCUGAAGCAUGGUGCAUCCAUCGAAUCGACCACGGAGUCCGGGCUGACUCCGUUACAUGUGGCCAGUUUUAUGGGGUGUAUGAAUAUCGUGAUAUUCCUACUGCAGCAUGAAGCCAAUCCUGACGUGCCAACUGUUAGGGGUGAAACACCCCUGCAUCUGGCAGCUAGAGCUAAUCAAACAGACAUUAUUCGAAUUUUACUAAGAAAUGGUGCCAAAGUCGAUGCUCGUGCAAGGGAACAGCAAACGCCGCUUCAUAUAGCCUCCCGAUUAGGAAAUAUCGAUAUAGUUAUGCUGUUGCUGCAGCACGGCGCGGCCGUGGACACCGCUACGAAAGAUAUGUACACGGCGCUUCAUAUCGCGGCGAAGGAGGGUCAAGAGGAGGUGGCGGCCAUUCUUGUGGAGAACAAUGCUUCUCUCAAGGCUGCAACGAAAAACGGCUUUACACCUUUACAUAUCGCGGCUAAAUACGGAAAUAUGAAUGUCGCAAAUAUACUCUUGCAAAAAGAAAGCAAACUCGAUGUCCAAGGAAAGAACGAUAUCACGCCCCUGCAUUUAGCAGGUCACUAUGAACAUCCAAACAUUGCGACUAUGUUAUUAGAAAGAGGAGCGUCGCCUCAUCUUUCGUCGCAAAAUGGACAUACUCCGCUACAUAUCGCUGCUCGCAAAAAUCAGAUGGACAUUGCCUCUACUCUCUUGGAGAGCGGAGCGAACGCAAACGCGGAAUCCAAAGCGGGUUUUACCCCGUUGCAUCUAAGUGCGCAAAAAGGACAUUAUGACAUGACGAAUUUGCUAAUUGAGCAUGGUGCCAAUCCCAAUUACAAAGCCAAGAACGGACUCACAGCAUUGCAUUUAUGCGCGCAAGAAGAUUUCAUUAGAGUGGCUUCUAUCUUGGUGAAAAACGGGGCUGACGUUGAGAGUCAAACAGAAACUGGUUAUAGACCGAUACACGUGGCUGCACACUUCGGAAAUCUAUCAAUGAUACGAUUUUUAUUGAAACAUAACGCCACGAUCGAUGUUAGAACUAAUCAGAAUUACACCCCGCUUCAUCAGGCCGCCCAACAAGGUCACGCUCAUAUCGUCACCGCUUUGUUGGAAGGAAACGCUUCACAUAAAGCGCGUACUAAUGAUGGCUUAACGGCACUGAACAUAGCACAAAAAUUAGGAUAUAUCUCUGUGAUGGAAGUGCUGAAGGGAUUGCCUUACGACAGUGCGACUCCAGAUAACAAAAACUGGGAGGAAAAGUACAAAGUAAUAGCUCCAGAAAGCUUGCAAGAAACUAGUUUUAUGUCUGAUUCGGAAGACGAAAAUGGUUCUGACGCGUUAAUUAACGAACAACCUUAUCGAUAUCUUACGGCAGAUUUAAUGAAGAGUCUAAGGGAUGAUUCGUUGCCUAUUGAUGUUACUAGGGAUGACCCGGUGCACAGACAAGUUACAAAAGAAGAAAGGCAAGAAUUUGCACAAAGCAAUAAUUACUGUUUAGCAGAAAAUUUUGAUAAUGACGGACUGAAUCUGGGGAAGCUGCACUUUAGGUCAUUUUUAAUAAGUUUUCUGGUUGACGCACGUGGCGGUGCCAUGAAAGGAUGCAGACACAGCGGUGUGCGUAUUAUUGUACCGCCUCGAAGAGCAACGAUGCCGAUUCGCGUAACGUGCAGACUAGUAAAAACAAGUAAAGUAGCAAAUCCGCCUCCUUUGAUGGAAGGAGAGGCCCUGGCUACUCGAAUUAUCGAGAUGGGUCCAGUGGGCGCGAAAUUUUUAGGACCUGUCUUAAUUGACAUACCGCACUUUGCAUCUGUUCGCGGAAAAGAACGAGAAAUUAUUAUUCUGCGAAGCGAAAAUGGAGAAACGUGGAAGGAACACGAUAAUUCUGCGGAUAAUGACGAUACUCUUCUUAAUACGCCUUAUGAUCCUCAGAUGAGCGUAGCAUACUCGAACAGAAUUAUUCGCAUAACCACCACAGAUUUCCCGCAGUAUUUCGCUAUCGUAACGAGAAUCAAGCAAGAAGUUCACGUUAUCGGCGCCGAGGGUUGCAUUUUGUUAUCAAGCGUGGCGAACAACGUGCAAGCAGUUUUCCCACCGGGAGCGUUAACGAAAAAAAUCAAAGUCGGUUUACAGGCGCACGUUAUUCCGUCUGAACUCACGGCCAAACUACUCGGCAAUUGCGUUGCCGUUUCACCGGUGAUUACUAUCGAACCCAGACGACGGAAGUUCCACAAACCAAUAACCCUUACGAUUCCCGUACCGCAAGCCGCGAACAAGGGAAUGAUCAAUCAAUAUGGUGGAGAGACACCUACGUUACGCCUCUUGUGUAGCAUUGCGGGUGGAACCAACGAGUCACAAUGGGAAGAUGUUACUGGAUCAACGCCGUUAACCUUCAUGAACGACAGAGUGUCGUUUACCACUACCGUUUCAGCACGAUUCUGGUUGAUGGAUUGCAGAAAUAUUGCCGCAGUACCGAAAAUGGCAACGGAAUUGUACGAAGCAUCCUUACAUGUGCCAUACAUAACGAAUUUCAUAAUAUACUCAAAGAGAAUGGACAUAUUGGAAGCUACGUUGCGAAUAUUGUGUAUGACCGAUGGCAAAGAAGGCAUGCACACUUUGGAAAGGCAAGAAGAAUUUACGGAAAUUGUCAAAAGCCGCGAUGUUGAGGCUCUUGACGGAAAAGAUCUUUAUAUCGAAUUUAGUGGAAACUUAGUGCCAGUAACAAAGUCCGGUAUGCAGUUGAAGUUCACGUUUAGGGCUUUUCGGCAGAAUCGAUUGUCAUUCCAUGUUAAAGUAAAAGAUCCAUUAUUGGAUCCAGUAGCGAGGAUGUUGUUCAUGCGAGAACCGAAAGUUGCUAAAGGAGAACCACCUCAGCAGCCUAUUUGUGUAUUAAAUAUUGUCCUUCCCGAUACUAUUGUUAAAAAUGAUAAACAAAAGAGAUUAAAAGGUUACAAAGAUUCAAAUAUCAUAAAUCAAAAACUAGAUUAUUAUAAAUCAAAGUACGAAAUGGAGCAAAUGGAAAAAACUGAUAAGCCUAACGAAGCCUUUUCGCCAACAGAAAAGAAAUUCAUAACGGACACAUUGCAAAAGGAACAAACAGAUGCCGCUAUCCACGAAUCCUUUGCACAAAAAGCGGCUUGUCCCCUAGAAUCCGUAGAUGCUAGUUAUCCCAAUAAAGUAUGCGCCGGUCAGUCGGAAUCGGAUCUGUCGCCUGAUCUCGAAAGGCAAACGUACUCGGAGAAGCGUAAAUUCUGGGAGGAUAUUUCGAGGAAACGCGAUAUCUAUCAACGAUCUGAAUCCGAGAUCUCGAGGACCUCUCAAUUAACUAUUAACGAGAGCGACAGCGAGUCGUGUCAGCCGAAUAUCGCGUCUGAGGAGGGUGAUGGGACCACGGAAGGCAUCUCGGACGUCAUAAGGUCGGAAACUAUAGAAGAUAUUAAUAUGCCGGACAUCUCGGAAUGUUCGGUGGCAGAGAAGGCGCAUUACUUUGAAGAGCAAAUACAGAAGGAAAUGGUAAAGGGCACACCAAGGAUACACCAGCAAGACUCGUCCAAAUCCGAAAAAGACUCCUCCAAGUCCUCUCUCAAGGGCAAGUCGAUCGACGAUCAGAAGAGUCGCGCGGAAAAGAGUCCGGUGGAAAUGACGAAGGAGAAGAUCGAUAUCGAGGAGAGACACGUGGCGGAAUCGAGAGAAAUACACAAGAUUUUGAAAGCUGCUACGGAAAGCGAUAAAUGGACGAAGGAGACGCGGAAGGACCUAAAGGAUCAAAAGAAAAACGACGACGACAAAGAAGUACGUGAAGAAGUCCAAAAGAUAACAACUCAGCCGGUGAUGGAGAUUUGCAAGGAAUUAUUAAACAAGGAAAGAGAACUCGCUGAGGAAACACAGAUGAGAUCGGUCGCACAUAUCCCAGAAGUUAGCUCGAAAAAGAAAAUAUUUGAGACGGAACAAAUGGACGUUAAAACCAAGUCAUUUUCUCUGGAUGAUACAAAGGAAAUCGAUCAAUUUCUCGAAGAAGAAAGGCGAAUCCUCGAAGAAGAGGAAAUGGAAAGAAAGAAAAUGUUUGCUGAUAUUGGUUUUGACGAGAAGAGCAAACCUAUAAUUGACACGGACGUCAAACAGACGAAAAAAGAAUUCGAAUCUCGCAUCCCAAUUUCUACGGCAAUGGCUGAGAAGGAUAAAACCCAAAAGGAAGGAAAAGGUAAAAUAUUACUAGAGAAACCCGAGGAGAAACCGUUAAAAGAUUCUUUCACGGAGAAAGGAAAAGAUAUUCCUUCGCCAUCUAGUAAGAAGAAGGAAUUUGAGUCGCGUAUACCUAAACGUAUUACGGAAGGAACAACAACAAAGGAAAAGGAAGGAAUAAAGAAAGAUUUUCCGGGGAGGAAGGAUGAGACUAUUAUCGUCACCGAGAAGAAGUCCAGUGAGGAAGUUACUUCGCAUGAAGAACGUUUGACCACAAAGAGUAAAACUCAGACUUUUUCUAAGACCUUCACCGACGUGCAGGAUGCGUUUAAGAUGUUCGAGGAUAUAAGCGCAAUGAGAGACAAGGACUUCGAUACAGUUACUUCGAAGAUUGAUACCAAGGCUACUAGUAAGGUGGAGAAGAAAGAGGUACUUUCGUCGAAAAUAUCCAGCGGCGAGGAUGAAUUUAUAACUCACGAGGAGAAGGAGAAAGUGGAACAAAAAGAGUCAUCGGAAUCUAAGCUGACUAAGGAGUCACCGGCUGAGACUCUAGAAGAGAAAAGGAGUAAAAGCAAAGAGGUGGACGAGACUGCUGUACAGAAAAUGUCUAUGAAUGUUACAGAAGGCAAGAAAGUGAUAGAUGCAAGCGCUUCUGAGUCCAAAAAGAUGAGUAAUAGAGAAGAAUUAUUUAAAUUACUAGAGGACAGCGAGGGAACUGCGACGGAAAAAUCUGGAACUAGUAAAGACAGGGAAAGCGAUGUAGAUGUAGCAAUUAGGAUCCAAAGGGACGAUACAAAGAAGGUAGAGGAUAUUAAGGAAUUGCCUAAAACAGCUAAAUUCGAAGAGAUAGAUUUGGGAAAGGUUGAAAUGGUCGCGCAAGGACAAUCUUACAGAGAGAGCUUGGAGAGUUUUAAGGUUGAACAGUUUGUACCUAGUCAAAAGGACAAGACGGAUUUAACUGAAAAGACUAAAAAAGACGACGAAUUUUCGAGUAAAGAAGCAUCAAUAUCCUUGGAGAAGAAAGAACAAUUAAUGGCCAAAGAAAUCGAAGCGCGAAAUCUAGCGGAAGGUUUGAUACAGUCGAUUGAGAGUGAGAUUGAGAAAAGAUCGUCGACAUCAGAAUUAAAACCACAGAUGUUGAGUAAAGAAUAUUUAGAUCAGUUAAUUUCAGAGAGUAGCGAUACUGAUCACGAGAAACUGGCGGAUGACUUAACAAAACAGUUUGAAAGUAUUAUACAGAAAGAUCAACAAGUAAUAGAUCGUCCAAUUACGGAAACAGCAAAGAUAUCUAUGCAAGAAGAAAUAUUCGAGAAAGGAUAUACCAGAGAUAGUAUAAGCGAAGACAUAACAAAAGAUGAAGAAUCGUCACUGCAUGAUAAAGAAGAAAGUUUACAAUCAUCUUCGCAAGCAAAACUUGAGGACAGAGACAUCACUAUCAGCCCCAGUAGUAUAUCUGAGCAAAUGGAACUCGAAGAAACUCUUGACGUUGAUACUGGAGAAUUAGAGGAUUUAUCUAAGCCUGCGUCCAGUCCACAUUCCGAUAAACUUCGUUCGGAUAGAUCGAGCGGUCAUAUCGAGCCACUUCAGAAGGAUGUCAGUUUGCCGAAAGACAAAAUGAUGUCGGAUAUUUCGGGCGCUAGAGUACUCGAGAUUUUGGAACCAGGCGCAGAUAGUCGACAGGAUUCGGUUGAUGUACCGUCCUUGGAAUUAGACGAGUACAGAGUAUCCGAACAGACGAGUAGGGACGUACCUUCCUUACAUGAAAGUGUAGCUGUAGAUUCUUUAGAGAAGAUCGGUCAGGAGAAAGACGUGACUGUCAGUUCUAGCACUGUUCUGUCCGAGUACGCUAAUGUAGACUAUCCUCCGAUUCAAGAGCAUGUUUUAUCUCCGACUGUUCCAUCAAGAGAAUACGACUCAGGGGACAGACGAAGAGCGGAUAGUUUUGAAAUUGAGAGUCCACCGAUGGUUUCACCAAGGGUAAAACAUGUAAGCGAUCUAGAUAUCAAGCCGGUGGACUGGAUGAUCGGCGAUGAGAAGAUUGAGAUAUCAGAAGUAUUACAGCCUUCUCAGGUAUUUAAUCAGGAGUUAGAAGAGUAUGAAUCGUCUUUAAGACGUACCCGUACGUCCUCGCAAGAUGAAUCCGUGGACCUGGAACAAGAGUCUGUAACCAAGUCUUCGGAGGAAAUCAGUGUGAUCGAAUCGGAAGUUAAAGAAUCGGUUGCCGGUGACGUUGCGACUACCACAUCCAAAAUAACAAAGUUUACCGUGACUCCAGUGAUCGAGCCGGACUUUGACAGUGAACUAAUAGAAAAUAAAUUAGAAAUUUCUUGUCAAGAGUUGGUCGAUGCUCUACAACGUGAACACGAUGCUAAGACGCCAACAGACGAAUUGGUGGCUAGUAUACGACAAUCGAUACCCCGUGAAGAUUUUGACUGGGAAACAAGUAUUACCGAAGCUGUUACGGAAACGAUACCUAUAAAAGAGGAGGAAGCAAAAGAUUUAACUAUGGAAAUUGCAAAAAUAAACGCUGAAGAAACAAGUAAAAUAACUUCUAUUGACAAGACAAUAAAAGAGCAAGAAGCUACUGCUGAAGAAACUGCUGAGACUAAAGAAAUUCAGAAAGAAGAAUCGGAUCUACCAAAAUGUGCGAGAGUUGAUGAUGUGCUAAAAGAAUGGACAGAGACUUAUUUGGCGAAAAUUAAACCUCCCAGUGAAGAAUACAAACGACAUAUGGAGAAAACCACCGAAAAGCACGACAAACCCAGCAAAUCGACGACUGCUCCUUCCGAUACUUGUGCCUUGAAAAUAAAGAAAGAUGAUCUUCAAAGCGUCGAUUUAAGCGCGCGAUAUGCGAUAACGGUGCUGGAUCAAGUGGUAAAAAAAGAAAUCGCUGAGGUGAAAGAGUCCUUAGAAGCAGCUAAACAAGACUUGAUAGAAGAAUUGAGCGAAAACAGUCAGACAGUGUUUCAGAUUAAAGAUUCGCCUUCAGAGUUUCAGUUCAAACUCCAACCGGAAUCCAUCCCAAACGAUUUACCGUUUUUGUACAAACCACCGUCCAUCGAACAUGUUUCUACGGAAGCUGAAUUGGAAGCCGAAACUGAAGCUACUACGCAAAGCGAAAAAUCAAUUGUAAAAACUGAAACAUUCGACGAAGCAAAGCAGGAAGAUGACAAAUUAUCUAUCCAAGCAACUGCCGACAUCAUUGAAAACAAACCAACGGAUGUAAUUAAAGCACCUGAAAUCGACAUCGAGAAGCACGAAGAAGAAGAAACUAUAAUAACCGUUGAGGAACAACAGGAGGAAGAAGAUGAAGGUCGUCCCAGUCCGCUUCCUAUCAGUAGAUCGUCAGAUGUUGGUUCGGAUAUGGAUAACAGAGAUGACAGCUACUCCUCCUUGGCACCACCCCAUCCGGCACCUAGAAGACGACAAAAACCGUCCAGGAUAGCGAAGAGAGUUAAAACCUCGGAGAGCGAGGCCGAUGUCGGUUCGAGUUCUGAGAGUAGCAACUACCAGUCCUGUGACUAUGAAAUUGGCAGUGGAAGCAGACCCAGUUCGUCCGAUGUCGAGGCAUUACAAUCCGCCGUGGGUGGCGUGCAAUCCGGGACGGCGUCGGAAUAUGAGACGGCGAUGAUGUCUGUCGAAUAUGAGAGGUCAAAGACAUUACCAACAUCGCAAGAAUAUCAAACUGCAGCAAGCACGUUGAGCUCUCACGAAUCCAUGAAGUCCUUGAAUUCUCUCAGUUCGGGCCAUCUCGGCAGCAUUGAUAGUACCAGUGAGCUGUCAGAGACAUUGGUACCUUCGGAGGAAGCGGACGUGGAUGCGGACGAAAUAGAUGAAAACCUAGAGAGCGCGUUGGACGCGGAACACGAGAUGGCCGAGGUAUCGGAUUCCUCUGGCAGCGAAGAAAUACCAUUGGAUGAAACCAUAGACAAAAUCGACAGUCAUAUACCAUGUGGCAUGAAACGUUCGUCUGAGAUGAUUUUCCAACAGAUUAUAGACGAUAGUAUGAACAUAGAAGCGGAGUCUAUGGCCGAAGUGUUGGAAGAGGAUCAAGUUAAAAUCAUGGAUUCAGCCAUUUUAGCCUCUAUGGAUGCGCCCAGAGUGCUUGAAUCCGUAGACAUAAUGACGCGAGUUACAAGGCCCAGUGACAGCGAAGAGCCCGAAGAAGAAGAGAUGGAAGAUUUAAAAGUACAAAGAGAUGCAGAAAAGGAUAUAGAGGCAACGGAUGUGAAAACAGAUUUGGAACAGAGAUUGGAUCACGAGAUGAUUGAAGACGAGAGUCUCGAACCAGUAACAUCCGUCCAUGCAAUGCUGCAGCAGGCCAGCACGUCUCUAUCCUCAACAUCAGGCAUGUCCUUCGACACAGUUAUAGAAAAGGAUUUGGAGAAGGACAAGUCCGAGCGUCAUUCACCAGAUAGCGAUUCGUUCGAGCUCGUCGACAAGCCUGACAUCAUCGAUGACUUUGUGGUGAUCGAAGAAGUCGGACGUGAGGCGGAGGAGUUCGAUGCCGAAGGUAAGAGCAUUCGCAUUAGCUCGAUACCUCAAACCACCAACAAACAGUACGACCGCGAUCUAGAGAAAAUGAUAGCGGAAAGUAAAGAGGACACGAAAGUAUCAACGAGUCAAACAUCGAGGAAAGAUGAUCUGUUUGAUUUCGAGACCGAGGAAAGCCCGCCUCAGGUGUCAAACGAGGACCAAUCUCAAUCUUAUUCUGACGAAGAGCAGUACGAGAAUAAGAAAUGGGUAGAAAUGCAGUUUCAUGCAGACGCGCGGGGCUAUGAGAUCGAGCAGUACGACCGUGGACCGUUGGAAGAUAUUAAGGAAGAGGAGAUCACUGAUUUUGAAGCCGGCAGCAGUAGACUCGGCAGUUUAGGCAGUCACAAAGAAUCUAUAGGCAGUGUGGGAAGUAUGCGUGGUAGCUUUGGUAGCACACCAGACUAUGAUGUUCUAGGGAAGAAAUAUUUCAAUAAACCUACGGAACACGAUGCUGCGUCUUUAACCUCGCUACAGGAAUUCGAGCACUUGGAGAAUACCGUGGCGGCUGAGAACUCGCGCAAGUUACAAUGCGGUUCGCAGGAUUCCAGCAGCAAUAACGGCAGUCUUCCGAGAAGAUAUACAACUCGUUCAGGUCACGGCGAUGACAUCUCGUUGUCCUCACUAAAGGACUUCGAGGGUUUAGAGAAAGCCUGCAGAGAGGCUCAUUUGAUGGAGCUACGGGCUCGCGAAGAAGAGGAAUUACUCGAACAUGAAAGUCCAGAGAACAAAUUCAAAUUGGAAAAUCUACCUCGUUCAAGGACGGAGACUAGUGCGCCUGGAUCGGUCAACCCUAGCACUUCCGGAUCAGAUGACUACGAAAAGAGGAUAAAAGAGAUUGACGAGAUAAUACGCCUCGCGCAGUCCAACGUGGAGAAACUUGAACGACAAGAUGAUACCACGGAGGACAUCUCGCAGCUCGAGAUUACCGAUGCUGAGAAAGCCACCGCUCAAUUAAUUCCGGAAACCCUUCCAGAAGAACUCGAGGCACAAACGGUUCAAAAGGAAAGCAAUAUUAUGGAAACCAGUACGGACUCUCUAGAGCUGGAAGAUGCAGACAAGAAACAUCACCAGAUGUGUCGAAGCUCCGAUUCUCUAGAGAUGAAGACGACCCUUUCCAAGGACUUUCCAUCCUUAAGCUCGGAUUCGUUAAACAAUAUAAAAGACACAAAAGAAACCGCCGAGCAAUAUGGUGGCAGCACAAGACGCAUUUCUUCGGAUUCUCUUGAGAUGCCUUUGUUAGAGCAACAGGAUGUCGGAACAUCCGAGAGAAGCAGCGACAGCAAUGGACGUCACGCAGAAGAAGAAACAGAGGUUGACCGCUCCCUCGAACGGACAGGAAGGAACGGUAAAACGAAAACGUCACCAAGUAGCGGUACAUAGGACAAUUUUCGUGGAUAAGUGGACCAUCAGGAAGAAUUUUUGCCACGGUUUCAUAAACAUAUUACCGAAUAACUCAAGAAGCUUUAUAUGUAAAACACAUUAAAUAUAAUGUACUAAAGAACCAGUGCAUUGUGGAUAUACAAAAUACUACUACAUUUUGUCCUUGUUUUACGCAAUGUCUUCUGAUAACAUUUACAUUAUGCUUAGGUAAGAUAGUUGCUAUCUUUAAAAUAUAAUAUUGUUGCGUGAGAUAAGAAAGUGAGGAGACGCUUACUUGUUUGCCAUUAUUUGGACAGACGCAUUUGUUAUAAUAUUUCUUGCUAUAUUCGUCAUAAAACGCAAACAAUUUUAAUUGUUUUUGAAACAUUUACAUAUAUUAAGUUGCAUUUUUUAAACACAUACUUUGAAGUGCUACUUACAUAUUCUACUUGUAUUGUAACGCGUACGCGUGCGCGUGAUGCUGUACUAUUAUAGCGUGUUUUAUAAACAUUUUGAUUAUGGAAUGUCUUUGUGGAAUGCGCUUUCGUAAAAUUUUAUAAUAUAUUUGACGUACCUCGUAUCGUGUAAUGAUUUCAAGCAAGACGUUUGCAAAACUCAAAAAUACAAUAAUGCUAUCUUAACGCAUGUUUACAAAGGAGGACAGAUACAUAAUAUCUAAAUAGAAAAUUUUAUAUGCGAAUAUAAUAUUUAGGACACACACAUUACAGAAAGUAGCAAAUAUACUUUUUCUAUUUAAAUAAUUCCAAUAAUUGUUUGAUAAUUUAUUGUAUUUGUUUUUCUUAUUAAAUACAAAGUUACUGUACAUGUUAUCAAUUAUGUUUACAUAUGUAUUGUAUAUUAUUACAAGUUAUAAUAAUGUGAUUUAAAAAGUUUGUUUCCUUAACGAUGAAAAUAUACAUCUGUGCAUUAUCUGAAA